AAUGUUGCUCUGCUGCAAGAAGUAUUUACUAUGGUCUUGGCUGAAAAAGGGGGGAUUUCACUGUCAAGGUAAGUUCUGAUAGCCAUAUGUUUAUGUGUCUUGAUUUCUCUAAUCCCCCCCCCUCCCUUUUCUUUUAAUCUGUAGAGUGUGUGGUGUUUGUCAACAUGGCCGUGCCUUUUGUAGAAGAUUGGGACUUGGUGCAAACACUUGGAGAAGGUGCAUAUGGAGAAGUUCAACUGGCAGUGAACCGGCGCACCGAAGAAGCCGUUGCGGUCAAAAUUGUUGAUAUGAAACGUGCUAUUGAAUGCCCAGAACAGAUUAAGAAGGAAAUCUGCAUCAACAAAAUGUUAAAUCACGAGAACGUAGUCAAGUUCUAUGGACAUCGACGGGAAGGCACUGUUCAGUAUCUCUUCCUGGAAUACUGCAGUGGAGGGGAGCUGUUUGAUCGAAUAGGUACAGAAGAUUUUUUUGUUUGUUUUCCCAUUAUUUAGUAAUUUCCUUAAAAAUUUCCACGGCUCACUCCUUUCCAUCUUUAAUUUCUGCUCCAAGAAAUUGGUAUCUCCCAAUAAUUUGUGUUUGCAGUGGUAUUCUGCUUUUAUUCUCUAGAAAAGAUUAUUCUAAAGGCACAUUACAUCUUUUUUUAUGGGACUGCUGAAACUGAACAAGAUUUUUGGUCCAAGU